GUUUGCGCCCUGCGUCCUGUUGCUGUGUCUGCGACGCUGAUGGCGGCCCCCGAGCAGCCGCUGCCGAUGUCUCGAGGAUGCCAGAGCUCUGCUUCGCUCUCCCCGCCGCGGGGCGACCGGACCCUCCUAGUAAGGCACCUGCCAGCCGAGCUGACCGCGGAGGAGAAAGAGGACUUGCUCAAGUACUUCGGGGCGCAGUCCGUACGCGUCCUGUCCGAUAAGGGACGUCUGAAACAUACAGCGUUUGCUACUUUCCCUAAUGAAAAAGCUGCUAUAAAGGCAUUGACAAGACUCCACCAGCUGAAGCUUUUAGGUCACACUUUAGUUGUUGAAUUUGCAAAAGAGCAAGAUCAAGUUCAGUCCCCAUGUCCCUCUUCAAGCACUGACAGAAAGAAAAGGUCUGAUGAACCUGUGGAAGAGGAUAAAGAAAAGAAAGAACUUGGUUGUUUAACUAUAGAAAAUGGAAUUGCACCAAACCAUGGGCUCACUUUUCCUCUAAAUUCAUGCCUCAAGUACAUGUACCCACCGCCAUCCAGCACAAUCCUGGCAAACAUUGUGAAUGCUUUGGCAAGUGUGCCUAAGUUCUAUGUACAGGUGCUUCAUCUUAUGAAUAAAAUGAAUUUGCCCACACCUUUUGGACCAAUCACUGCACGACCUCCCAUGUAUGAAGACUAUCUGCCGUUACACGCACCUCUGCCACCUGCGUCUCCUCGGCCACCGGAGGAACCUCCUCUGCCAGAUGAAGAUGAGGACUUGUCUAGUAAAGAGUCAGAAUACGAAAGCAGUGAUGAGGAAGACAGACAGAGAGUGGCCAAACUAAUGGAAUUAGCGAAUCUUCAGCCCAAAAGACCAAAAGCAACGAAGCAGCGCCAUGUUAGAAAAAAGCGAAAGAUAAAGGACAUGCUGCUCCCACCCACGUCUGUCUCACACAGCAGUUUACACUCGGUGCUGUCGCCUUCGGAUGUGUUUGAUCAACCACAACCUGUAGGGAAUAAAAAAAUCGAAUUCCACAUAUCUACCGACAUGCCAGCUGCAUUUAAGAAAGAUUUGGAAAAGGAAGAAGAUUUUGAAGAACUAAAUCCUGAUUUACCUGCUGCUGCUGACGUUGAUGAGUCCAGUAUAGGAUUUGGGAAGAUCUUCCCCAAACCUAAUCUGAACAUCACGGAGGAAAGUAAAGAAGACUCUGAUGAGAUGCCAUCAGAAUGUAUUUCUAGAAGGGAGCUGGAAAAGGGCAGGAUUUCUAGAGAAGAAAUGGAAACACUUUCGGUUUUCAGAAGUUAUGAACCUGGCGAACCAAACUGUAGGAUUUAUGUAAAGAAUUUAGCUAAACAUGUUCAAGAAAAGGACCUUAAAUUUAUUUUUGGAAGAUACGUUAACUUUUCAUCAGAAACACAGCGAAUAAUGUUUGAUAUACGCUUGAUGAAGGAGGGCCGUAUGAAAGGACAAGCUUUCAUUGGACUCCCGAACGAAAAAGCAGCAGCAAAAGCCUUAAAGGAAGCUAAUGGCUAUGUUCUUUUUGGAAAACCUAUGGUGGUUCAAUUUGCUCGAUCUGCUAGACCAAAACAAGAUUCUAAAGAAGGAAAAAGAAAGUGUUGAAAUUGGUAAAGAAGCACUCCUGCGUAAAUACUGCUGUAAUACUGUCAUACAAAGUGUAUCCUUUCUUGUAUCCUUUUUGGGGCAGUACUUUUGUUUUUUGUUUUUCCCAAAAAUGUUUUGUCCCUCCCACCCACAGAUCCAGAUUAAGCAAUGAUUUUUUGCAACUUAAAAGAAAUAUUUCUAAAUAUCAUUGUUGACUGAACAAAUCUUUUAUGGGUUUUUUAGAUUUGUUUCUAAAUGUUCUAUAUUUUCCUUUAGGUUAUGUAAUUUUUUCAGGGAAAGUUAGUGAAUCAGGUCAAUUUAUUUACUUGUAGAAUGUAUGCAUUUACUUUAAUACAGAAUUUUGUUUUGUUUCUUCAUUUUUGUAUUUUCUGAACCGAAUUCAAUAACACGUGUUCUGUUUUAUGACAUAUUUAAUUUAGGUAUUCUAUAUAAUGUGUUGUAAAAUUUGGAUGAGGACAGGAUUUUUUUUUUUUUUAAUAUAAAUAUUGGAAAGCAUAACUGGAUUCCUUUGUAAAUUCCAAAUAGCAGACCUCACACCUGAGGUGUUAUAAUUAAAAUCUCCUUUGAGUUAGAUAGCAAGUAGAAGUAUCUCUCUCCUCUUUCUUUUUCUAAACCAAACAAAACAAAAGGAAGAAAAGAAUGUCAGAGGUGGAAGACAGAAUGUUGACUCAGGGUAGCACAUUAAAUGGACAGAAACAGCCCUCUGGUGGGUAUGUGUAAGAACAGCGGUUUUCCCACCGGUUCAUGGCCAGAAUUGCCAGAUCUGGUUCUCAAUCUUGGCUUCACAUGGAAAUAACCUGGGAAAUUUUUACUAAUUAAAAAACAAAACAAAAAAAGAUACACAAAAAAUAUACUAAUGCCUGGGUUCUUCCCACAGAGUUUUGAUUUAUCCAUCUGGUGUGCAAUAGAUACUGGGAUUUUUCAGACCUCCCAAAGUUUUGACUAAUAUGCAACCAAGGUUGAAGACCACUGAGGAAGGAUUUUUAGACUUAAAGAUUCCUGAACUCUGUCUUAGAACUAGUAAACCGGGAUCUCUGGGAAUGGGAAAAAGAAUCUAAUUUGAGAAGAUUCCCUUAGUGUAGUUAUAAGGACUGACCAAUUUGGAUACUAGUUGUCAGAUUGAAAUGGUAAAGCCAGCCCACCCAUCCAACUUUUAUAGGUGGAAAAGCAAAGGUUGUUGGUGUCUCUCCAUUUCCUUCCUGCAAGUCCUGUUAUUAUCAGAACUGGGAAAACAAUUCAAAAAUCUGUUAAUAAUCACUG